ACAUACCAGCGUUUCUCUAGAAGCUGCGUCUGACAUCAGAAAGGCAGCAUCCAAGAGCCGUCGAUGUAGCAAGCUCUGGGUAACAGAACGCAACCAGCUGUCUGAUUUAACUGGUGUACGGGCCGGGUGGUAGUUGGGGUUGUUGCUGUCUUUGCACUCUUUAGGAUACAUAAAAAAGAAGGGGCUGUUGUGAGGAUAUUUUAUUUUAUGUGAUUGAAGGAAAACCCCAAUGUAUUCCAACCCUGUUCGGCAACAUCACGAGAUAAACAACAGACUUUCAAAGAAAAUCUUGAGAAUUGUUUCCAUUUGACUCAGCGGUUUUUAUUUAUUUAUUUAUUUUUUACCUCAUGUAGUUUUCUGGGAAGAUCUUGUGUCAAAGUAACAAGUAACACUAAAUGAACAAAGACUUGCCGGUAAUGUUUUUUGUUACAAACAAAUUCUGAGAUUUACGGGGCACUGCUGCUUAUUUGAGCAUGGACUAGGGAUUUUUAGUUCCAGUAAUAUUUGUUUAUCAGUUGCCUAACUAUCAGUGUCAGUAAAUGCAACGCUUUUUGUUUUUAUCAUUUCUGGUGUAAAACUGUUUUUUUUAUUUAACUGUUUUUCUUAAAUACAAACCAAAUCUGGUAAAUGUAGAUAGUUGGCACCAUAUAUAACGUCUUUAGCUUCAAACCGUAUACCGUUGGUCUAUUUUAAAAAGAGGUGUUCAUCUUGAUUAUUUUUUCAUCCUCAAUUAAGUCAUACCAUAACCAUGCUACUGCCCUGUUUGAGGACUGUUGUACGGCCCGCCCAGUCCUUGAAGCCUGGACUUUUCUUUGGGAGGGUUCAAGAGAAUAAAGCGCUCCCAGUCCGUUUUGCAUUGCCUUUGCAGCUGGCCCCAUGUCGAGGUUUGGGCACUCACUCACAUAAGGAAGCAAUGGAGCCCCUGAACUCGCCACGGGGGGCACGGGAAUUCAUCCACAGCCUUCACCCGACCCAACGGAGCUGCUUGCUGAGAGAACUGCACCGCUGUGAAUCCAUAGCUAUAGCACAAGAAAAACUGGAAAUGGCACCACCAACAUCUGCUCAGCUGAGAUAUGUACUUCUACACAAUGCAAUUCCUUUUGUAGGAUUUGGCUUCUUGGAUAAUGCCAUCAUGAUCGCAGCUGGAACACAGAUAGAAUUAUCAAUAGGAGUCAUCUUCGGCAUUUCAACCAUGGCAGCUGCUGCCCUGGGAAAUAUUGUUUCUGACCUAGCAGGAUUAGGCCUUGCGGGAUAUGUUGAAGCUCUUGCCUCAAGACUUGGUCUACAAAUACCUAAUCUAACUCCAAAGCAAGUGGAAAUGUGGCAAACAAGACUGAGUGCCCAUACAGGCAAAGCCAUAGGAGUGUUUAUCGGCUGUGUGUUAGGAAUGUUCCCUCUAUUGUUCCUCUCAGGAGAUGAAGAUGAAAAACUGGAAACAAAAAAGUAACACAUCGAUGGAUGGACUUGAAAGACAAAAAGCGGAUUUUACCUCAAGAAUUGGAAAGAGCUAAUGUCUCUCAAUAGGAAUGAAGAACAAACUAACCCCAUGCAGUACACACAGGAACAAGUAGUUUUACUCUAUACAGUAAUGUAUCUCAAUGCAAAUGCAGGCCUAGGUUAAAUAGAACACCAACGAGCAUGACUUGCUUUUCUUAUUUAAUAUCUUGUUUUCUUAUUUAAAAGAAUGUCUUAAAUUCUUAAACAAUAUCUGAAGUCUAAAAUUAGAUUUUUAAACAAGAGUGUAAUGUUGGCUUUCAUUAAUAACACUAUGUAACACAAUUUUUGUUCCUGGGUAGUAAGUGUUAUUUC